AAUAGUAAAGAGAUAGUAAUAAAAAAAACAAAAUGAAUACUUUCCUUUACUUUUUUGUAAUUUUAAUUAGUAGUAUAAACGCUUUGCCUGCAGGGGAGGGUUAUUAUAAUUUCUUUAAUUAUUUGUACGAUGAUUUUGGAGAGAACAGCAUCGAUGGGGUUGAAACUAUUGAUAUAUCGAGCUUGGGACCUGAGGCAUACGGACUACCGAAAAACGAGAGUGGUGAUGCAUUAUCCCAGUGGUCUGAAUCAUCUCUCAUGAACCCUGAGGAAGUUGGAGACUAUGCAGAGGGAGACAUCCUGAUGCCUCCACAGCAAGGCAGGAACGGUAUCAGGGAAGAAGUGUUACGCUGGCCCCAGGGACAUAUUCCUUAUGUUAUUGAAGGAUAUUUCAACUCUGAGCAGCGUGAAACUAUAAUGAGGGCGAUAGCCGACUACCAUAGACUAACGUGCUUACGGUUUGUACCCUACAAUGGACAGAAGGACUACAUCACUAUUCAGAGCAAAAAUACUGGAUGCUGGUCUAGUGUUGGACGCAUUGGUGGUCGUCAAGAAGUCAACCUCCAGUCUCCUGGAUGUGUCUCCAAGAAAGGCACAGUGCUGCACGAACUGCUGCAUGCUAUUGGGUUCAUGCAUGAACAGAGCCGACCUGAGCGUGAUGACUUCGUUAGAGUGCGAUACAAUAACAUCAAACCUGGUGCUGAGAGCAACUUCAAGAAGUCGACAGUCAAGCAAACAAAUGAUUUCAACGUGCCUUAUGACUACAACAGUGUGAUGCAUUACUCCGAGUUUGCCUUCUCCAAGAACCAACAGAAGACCAUUGAACCCAAGGUUGGAGGUGUAAAACUGGGACAGCGUGAGGGUCUUAGCCGUGGAGACGUCAAGAAAAUAAACAACAUGUAUAACUGCAAGAAAGAGUAUAUGCCGUGGUCACCAAACCAACCCUAUACACCAAACCGACCCUAUACGCCAAACAGACCCUAUAGACCAUACAGACCCUAUAGACCAAACAGACCGUACCAUAGCUUCUACGUUCCACCUGGAGCCCCAGUCUGGUUGGCUAGGAGGAGUGUUCCAGAACAUAUUUGGAGCAAAAACACGUUAAUUUAUGAUUGUUUAAAUGUUAUGAUUUAAUUUAUAAAUAGCACUUCAAUAACUGUAUUGAAUUCACAAAGAUCUGAUAGAUGUAAGUUUUCUAGUCUUUACGUUUGUAUCAAAUAAAGCGUUGUAAUAAUUUA